AUGAAAACAUGUUACUACGAGAUACUAGAAGUUUCAUCCACCGCUUCCGACUCGGAGUUGAAAAAAGCAUACAGGCGGAAAGCUCUCCAGCUUCAUCCUGAUAAGAACCCCGACAAUGUUGAAGAGGCCAACCACAAAUUCUCCCUUGUGUCCGCUGCGUACGAAGUGCUUAGUGAUCCGCAAGAGCGUGCAUGGUAUGACUCUCAUAAACUGAGUAUAUUGAACGACGACGAUCUUGUUGAUGAAGGUGGCUACGGUGUGUCGCACAUCCCAUCCAUUUCAAGUGAGGAAAUAUUGCGAUAUUUCAAUCCUGGCAUGUAUUCCACUGUUGACGACUCAAUUUCCGGGUUUUAUGCUAUUGUGAGUCGAAUUUUUGAGCGGUUGGCUCGCGAGGAGAUCCAGCAUGGACGGUAUCAGAACAUACAAGAGUAUUACAAGUACAAAGAUGAUGACAAUAACGUGUACACUAUCGAUUCUAGUUAUUUGAAGUACCCGCUUUUUGGCAACAGUCAUGCUGAUUAUUUAUCUAUUAAGCAGUUUUAUCAAAUUUGGUCCGGUUUCGCCACUUGUAAACUGUUUAAUUGGAAGUACGAGUAUCGGUAUUCGAGUGCGCCUGAUCGACGUACGCGGAGGUUGAUGGAGCGGGAGAAUAAAAAGAUUAGUGAUGAUGCGAGGAAGGAGUACAAUGAAACUGUACGCAAGUUUGUUGGGUUUGUCAAGAAACGAGAUCCUCGAGUCAAACUUGCUCAGGAGGAGUUUAAUAAACAACAACGAAAGAAGCAGAUGGAGGAUAUGCAACAGCAGAUACGGCUUCAGAAUUUAAUGAAACAGAAACAGAAAUUGAAUGGAGAUCAAGUGUAUCAGGAGCAAAGCUGGCAAAAGUUGGAUCAGGAUGAAGUGGCGGAAUUGGAGCAAAUGCUAGCUGAGGAGUAUGAUCUUGAUGAGGUGGACUUGAGUGGUGUUGGUGAAAAUGGUGUUGCUAACGUUGAUGGUAAUGAUGGUGAUGACUUUAGUACGGAUUCGGAGUUUGCCAGUGAUGAUGACGGCGAGGAUGGCGAGGGAGGUGGAGCUGAAGAAGUCCACGAGUUUGAGUGUAUUGUAUGUGAUCGGAUUUUGAAAAACGAACAACAGUUUAAAAUCCAUGAAGAAAGUAAGAAACAUAAGAAAGCUGUGCGACAAAUGAAAUGGGAAAUGAAACAGGAAGGAAUUGAGUUGGGAAUAGAUGACGAUGAUGAGGCGUUUGAGACUGCAGAGAGUGAUUUUGAAGAUGAGAGUUAUGAAGAAGUAGCAACAGAUGAGCUCGAGAAUGGUGAGGCUAAGCACUUUAGCUCCAAAACAAAAGAAGAGACAAGUAGCUCGUUUUGUGAUUUCGACAAAGAGAAGCCCAAAGAUGUGCCAGAGACAAGAGAAAGUGUUAUGCAAUACCUAAAUAAUGGCAAAGUUGCUGCUGAAGACAAGGAGCCCAACACAGCCGCUCCAACUUCAUCUCAACCGUUUACAGAGGAAGAAUCGGAAAGGAAUAAACUAGAAGCAGAAUUGGCAAAGCUUCUCAACCAAUCAAAAUUGGAUGACUCGGAUGAUGACUGGGAUACAGGUACCAAAAGGACCAAGAAGAAGAAGAAACCAACUUCAAAGUCGAAAAUCAGUACUUCUUCAUCGCCACAACCUGAUCAGCGCUCGCGAGACACGCCAAAUAAGGAGAAAUUGCCCUCUUCCAAUGGUGGUAUCAAUGAUGGUGGUAAUGGUGGCGCUGAAAAAUGCGUUGUUUGUGGCCAAUCGUUCGAGUCACGAAAUCAAUUAUUUCACCAUGUCAAGCAGGAGAAUCAUGCUGCUGCUCCAUCUUUGGCGUCAUCGUCGUCGGCAUCGACUUCAAAAUCGAAAUCAAAAAAGAAGAAAGGUAAGCGUAAAUAG